AUGGAAGAUGUUGACAAUCGGGGACGACGAAACAACCUGAGGGUAAGAGGUAUACCUGAGGGGCCGGACGGCACCACAGAGAACCCCAUACAGAUCUUAACAACCUUCUUCAACCAUAUUCUUGCCAGACCCCCAGAAACGGCCAUCCAGUUCGACAAAGCCCACAGAGCAGCAAGGCCUAGAAAUCUACCCCCAGACAGGCCACGAGACAUUAUAUGGAGAAUACAUAACUUCCCUCUGAAAGAGGAGAUCUUUCAUAAAGCCCGCCAAAAUAAAGAACUAUCGGUCGACGGCCAUCAGGUGACCGUGUUCCAAGACUUAUCAUCGUCCACUCUGCAGGCAAGAAGGGCCUUACGACCUAUCACACAGGCUCUAAUGGAAAGACAAAUCAAGUUCAGGUGGAACUUCUCAUUUGCUUUAACAGUGACCUAUAAGGAUAAGACUCACACCAUUACUACGCCAGCGGAUAUACCCGACUUCUAG